UUGUUUGACAUGCAAGAUCAGCCAUGACCUUUUAGGAUUAACUGCAGUGUGUUGAGUGUGACUUUUUCUUUUAAAUUAAUUGUUACCUUGGCAACAACUGCCAUUCCUUGCAUGGCUGGAUUAAUGUGCUAGGGGGGCCCUGAGGCUAAAUGAAUUAAUGGGCACCUAUUUAUCCCCCCAAAACUCAUCCCACUUUCUGUGCAGUGUUUUUCUGUGCUGGAAAACUACCUGGCCUGUGUGGUCAUUUGAUUAAACACAAAUGAUUUUAUGAAUGUGUAACAUACAGUAAGAUCACAAAACUGCACAGGAUUAAGGUUCUGAAACUUGAUUUUGACACAGGGAGGACCUCAAGCAGACUCUCUGCAGACUACUUGUUACUCUGUGUUGGGCAUGAGCCCAAGAGAGAUUUAAGGAACGCUUUUGUUUGGCUUAUUGAUUUUGCUGCCUUCAAAAAUAAUUUCUUUUAUCACUGACUUAAAACCUUUUGAGAAAAUGAAAUGACAGUUAUAUUUCAUUGCAGUUGUCUUUGAUGGACAGCCACAUUUUUAGAAUGACUGUCUCAAAAAUGAUUUUAAUUUUACAUUGAGAAAAUACACUUACUCAAAAAAUAUGAUGUCUUUGCUUUGUAUAUUGUACUGGCUGUUGUAUCUUGGAUGUUUCUUUUUGUUUGGUUCACUUCAAAAUUAACUUACAUUUUAAUUGCUAUCAAGGUGUUAUUGUCAAGCUAGACAUAACAGAUAAUAUAGUAUAUCUAGCAGUGGCCCCAGGGAGCCAUGAGUUUAGAUGCUCGACCAGUAACACAAUGUUGUCUGCCUUCUGCUGUCUUACAUCUGUCUAACAAUCUGUCUAACAGUCAUGUCUUUUUCCAUCGCAGGUACAUACCGUCAGCUCUCUGCUCUGUUGUGCAGGAUCACCCCUGUGUUGAAUCCAUUUGUCUUUUUAUUUUGGGUUCUUAUAUUUUUACUGCACCAUAUUGUUUGGUUUUAGUUAAAUAAGUGACAUUAGUUUAAGUUUAUCUCUUGCAUAAACUGACCCUCAAUGAGUCUGUUUAUAAAAAAAUUACAGAAGUGAAAUAGCUGUGACUCAGUCAUGUGGUAAUGCUGUUGCUGAUACAGAGCAUAUUUAACCGAAGUGUUGUGUCCGGAUAUACAGAUGAUGACCGUCUGCUCAGCUUGGAGCAAAAGACUUUGGAUGUGUCAAAGGAUGAUGCUGCAGUUCAUUGUGGGAGUUCUGCUUCUUCCCUGGUUUGGUGGUCCGGUGCUCGGGGAGGUUGGCCACAGCUUCUUGCAGUCAGCCUAAUAGAAGUUGGAAAUAUGAACCACAGGAUGUCUCAAAGGAUGAUGCUGCCGUUCAUUGUGGGAGUUCUGCUUCUUCCUUGGUUUGGUGGUCUGGUGCUUGGGGAGGUUGGCCACAACUUCUCCAAGUGCCCUAAGUUCUUCUAUAACGAAACUCCACCAGUGGGUUUUAAUGGAGCAGAAUACCAGCCGAUCUGCCAGCGCUACAAAAAUAAGUACCGCUUUGCCACCCUGUAUCAUCGCCAGCAUCGCGCACCAUUGUACUCUGCGUACAUACUCAGCCCUGCAGACGGCAAACGGCCCAGUAAAAGAUGGAAAUAUGAACCACAGUUGGCGUUUUCCCGUGCCGGCUCAGAGAUGACACCUUUCCAUUCCCCCGUGGACCAGAAUGUGAAGGAGAGCCAGGCGGUGCCUCAGGACUAUAAGGGCUCCAGCUUCACCAAAGGCCACCUCAAUCCCAGCAUGCACCAGGAGACAAAAGAGGACCGUGAGGCCACCUUCACCCUGACAAACAUAGUCCCUCAGCAGAAAGGCUCCAACUCUGGUCCCUGGAACCAGCUGGAGAAUGAGGUAUUGAGCAGAUACAAGGCUUUCUGCAAAGGGCCGAUGCAUGUGAUCACCGGGGCCAUGCCUUAUGAGUCCGUAGAGCGCUGGAUUAAAAACAGGGUAUCUGUUCCUGAGUACAUGUGGUCUGCCUACUGCUGCCCAUCCUACAGCUCUGACCUUCCUGAGUCUGUGCAGCCAUUUUUCCCUACGUAUGCUGCAGUGGGAAGAAAUGACCGCAACAGUGGAGAGGAGAUUGUGCCAGUUAAUGUCAAAGCGAGGGCCUCAGUGCGAGGCUAUGAUGUGAGGCGGAUGCCCUUGAACGAGUUGGAGGGCAUCCUGAGAGCAAGGCUUAACACAGAAAUCAGUCUGUUUCGUGGGCAGUGUAAGUAACAAAGGGUGACAAUCUUCAGCAGAAGCCAGUUGUUAACUUACCUGCACACAGUUCAUGCAUUAUAGGCAGGGUUAUGGGUUUCACAGAGCAAACCCCCCCCCCCC